AUGGCACCAACAUACACCCUCUACCACGGCACAUUCAUCCAAUUGCCGCGACAAAUAGUCCCCACACACCCAAAACCCAGUCUGGAAAUCAACACUGGUGUCUUGUGGGUGUCGAAUUGUGAUGGGAAGAUUCAGGGAUUUGAUUGGAGUGUAGGCCUAGAUUCUGAGGAUGGUGAUGAAGAGAGCUUGAGUGCGUUUGUGCAUAGCAAAGGAUGGACGGUGUGGAAGGAUGGUGCUGUUGAUGCGAAGGCAGGGGCAGAGACUGUGAGUAUUGUGCAAGGUGGGAGAAAGGGGAGGAAUGGGUUUUUCUUCCCGGGGUUUAUUGACACACACAUCCACGCCUCUCAAUACCCCAAUGCAGGGAUCUUCGGCUCUUCGACACUACUAGACUGGCUGAAAAAAUAUACCUUUCCUAUGGAAAAGUCGUUUGGCGCAAUAGGUGAAGGAAAAGUGGCUCCCCCACAAGCAUACACAGUAUACAACAAAGUGAUUUCCCGCACUUUGUCCCACGGCACAACAACAGCUUCUUAUUUCGCUACUGUCCAUGUCCCCGCUACUAAUUUGCUAGCGGCACUGUGUUAUCGACGCGGUCAGCGCGCGUUCGUGGGGAGGGUGUGUAUGGAUAACCUCGUCUUCUGUCCUGAGGAUUAUCACGAUGCGUCGAGUGAGGAGUCUGUUAGCGCCACGAAGGAAGUUAUUGAGUACAUCCACGCACUCGACCCUGAGGGAAAACUUGUGGCGCCGAUUGUUACGCCGCGGUUUGCGCCUACAUGUUCAAAUGAGGCCUUGUGCGGGUUGGGGAAAUUAGCGGCGUCGUAUACACCGCCAUUACAUAUUCAAACGCACAUUUCGGAGAAUAAGAAUGAGGUUUUGCUGGUGAAGGAACUGUUUCAGGAGUCAGAGGGGUAUGCACAUGUUUACGAGGAGUCGGCUCUGUUGACGCCGAGGACAAUACUUGCGCAUGCAGUACAUCUCACGCCGGAGGAAAUGGCACUUGUUAAAGCACGAGAUGCGAAGAUAUCGCAUUGUCCGGCGUCGAAUAGUGCAUUGGGAUCUGGUCACUGUCCCGUGCGGACAUUGAUGGACGAAGGAAUCACAGUUGGCCUAGGCACGGAUGUUAGCGGUGGUUACUCACCUAGUAUCCUAGAGUCGUCGCGGCAGGCCUGUCUCGUUUCGCGACUAGUUUCAUCCCAGGCCGAUGUUACAACGGGCCGGGAAACUCUAAGUGUCGAAGAAGCGCUUUACCUCGCGACUAGGGGUGGUGCGCAGGUCGUUGAUAUGGCCGACCAAAUAGGCGGGUUUGAGAAGGGGAUGUAUUUUGAUGCGCAGCUGAUUGAGUUGGGACCUGUUGUGGAGAGUGUUUCAAGUGAAGCGGAUUGUGAAGGUGUGACAGAAGAGGCAAAAGAAGAUAUGGGAAAUGUCGAUGUAUUUGGGUGGGAGAACUGGGAGGAGAAGAUUGCGAAGUGGGUGUGGAAUGGCGAUGAUCGUAACGUUAGGGCUGUGUGGGUUAGUGGAAGGUUGGUACAUAGGAGAACAUGA